UUGAAGUUAUGCACGACGUGUGUCAUCCAAAGCCAAACAAAAUAACUGGUUUGUCCACUACCGUCUCAGUGUCUCUUCAUCGUGCGCCUUUCUAUUUUCCCGCUUCCAUUCACCGUCACCGCGAAGUUUCCCACUUCUCUGAUGGCACCGGUUACUCGAAGAACCUCGUUCCCCAAGGUUCUCAUCGAGAGAGACUCUGACUCCGAACAGAGUUCAUCCGAAGAAGAAGAAAUACUUGAAGAAGAAGAAGAAGAAGAAGAAGUUGGGGUUUCUACUGCAAAUGAGAAGGCCGAAAAACUGGACCUGGGUUCCGACGCAAACAGAAAAGGGAAAGCCCCCAUCACUAUUAGUCUCAAAAAAGUUUGCAAGGUGUGUAAGAAGCCUGGUCAUGAAGCGGGGUUCAAGGGUGCCACGUAUGUUGAUUGCCCCAUGAAGCCUUGCUUUCUGUGUAAAAUGCCUGGACAUACCACUUUGACUUGCCCGCAUCGCGUCUCUACUGAGCAUGGAGUUGUUCCAGCACCCCGCAGGAAAACGUGUAAACCUUUGGAUUAUGUGUUUGAACGCCAGCUACGACCAUCCCUUCCUUCAAUCAAGCCCAAAUAUGUGAUCCCAGACCAAGUGAAUUGUGCUGUCAUCAGAUAUCACAGCAGACGGGUAACAUGCUUGGAGUUCCACCCCACAAAGAAUAACAUCCUCUUAUCUGGAGAUAAGAAAGGGCAACUUGGAGUAUGGGAUUUUGGUAAAGUAUAUGAGAAAGUGGUCUAUGGGAACAUACAUUCUUGUUUAGUGAACAAUAUGAGGUUUAAUCCUACAAAUGAUUGUAUGGUCUAUUCUGCAUCCUCUGAUGGAACCAUUAGUUGUACUGACUUGGAGACUGGAAUAUCAUCUUCUCCAAUGAACCUGAAUCCUGAUGGAUGGCAGGGUCCAAACACUUGGAAAAUGCUCAACGGCAUGGAUAUUAACAGUGAGAAAGGUCUCGUUCUUGUUGCUGAUAGCUUUGGUUUUCUUCACAUGGUUGACAUGCGCUCCAACAACAGGAGUGGUGAUGCAAUUUUGAUCCACAAAAAAGGAAAAGUUGUUGGUAUCCAUUGCAAUCCAAUUCAACCAGAUAUCUUUUUGACUUGUGGAAAUGAUCAUUUUGCUCGUAUUUGGGACCUGCGUCAAAUAAAAGCUGGAUCAUCCCUUUAUGAUCUGAAGCAUAAGCGUGUUGUUAACUCUGCAUAUUUCUCUCCAAUAUCUGGAACCAAAAUUCUCACUACAUCACAGGACAACCGUCUUCGUGUAUGGGAUUCUAUCUUUGGUAAUAUGGACUCUCCCAGCCGAGAAAUUGUACAUAGUCAUGAUUUCAAUCGGCAUUUGACACCCUUUAAAGCUGAAUGGGAUCCAAAGGAUCCAUCAGAGUCCCUUGCUGUUGUUGGUCGUUAUAUAAGUGAAAAUUAUAAUGGAGCUGCCCUCCAUCCCAUUGAUUUUAUAGAUACAAGUACAGGGCAAUUGGUAGCUGAAGUGAUGGACCCAAACAUCACAACCAUCAGUCCUGUGAAUAAGUUGCAUCCCCGAGAUGAUAUCCUGGCAACUGGGAGUUCUAGAUCUCUGUUCAUUUGGAAGCCCAAGGAGAAGUCAGAGCUUGUAGAGGAGAAGGAUGAACGGAAAAUUGUGGUUUGUGGAAAAGCUGAGAAGAAACGUGGUAAGAAAAAUGGAAAUAUUAGCGAUGAAUCUGACGAUGAAGGAUUCAUGUCCAAGUCCAAGAAGUCUAAGACCAAAAAGACCGAGUCAAAAUUGUCUCGCUUCACUAAGGAUAAUUGCUGAAGAAUGAAGUCAGAGUGCAUUGAGGAUUUUCCUACAGCUUUUUUUUUGAAGGUUUUCGGGUCCAACUGCUAAACCUGUAUGGUGGCCAAACUCCUCCCCUCCUUGUUUUGUUUUUUUGGAAAUGGGUGGAUGCUGUUAUCACAUUCUUGGCUUGUUCCCCUAGUUGUAAGCUUUGAUGUUUUUCUUGAAGUAGUGUUUGUAUCAGAUACAAGCCUUAUGCCACCAUUUUGGCUUUUGUAUCUUAUAGUGCUAGCCUAUCAUAUUAGGAGAUAAUGCACCAUGGCAUUUUAGGAUAUAGUUAUAGGGUUUUGUUGGAUUAUACCUUGUUGAUGUUUGUAAAAGGUAUAGUCUCUUCAAGCCUUAGAUUGGCAUCUUGUCUUUUUCAUUCUUUUGUCUUUCUAUGAAUUUGUCUUUCAAUGAAUGCUUUAGUGAAAGAUGCAGUUUAUUUCAAGGAAAAAGCUUUAUAAA